UCGCGGGCGGUCCUCGGGAUCGCGGUCGCUCUCCUUCCCCUCGGGGCUCGGAAGUCGGUACCAGUAACCAGAGGCGGCGGCGACCAGCGGGUCCUUGUGCUCGAGAAAAAUUCUGCAAAAAUGUCUCUCUAUCCAUCUCUUGAAGAUUUGAAGGUAGACAAAGUAAUUCAGGCUCAAACUGCCUUUUCUGCAAAUCCUGCCAACCCAGCAAUUUUGUCGGAAGCUUCUGCUCCCAUUUCUCAAGAUGGAAAUCUCUAUCCUAAACUGUAUCCGGAGCUCUCACAAUACAUGGGACUGAGUUUAAAUGAAGCAGAAAUCCGUGCAAAUAUGGCUAUGGUUCCUGGAGCACCAACUCAGGGGUUGGUGGGAAGACCAUCCAGUAUGAACUACAUGGUGGCUCCUGUAACAGGUAAUGAUGUUGGAAUUCGCAGGGCAGAAAUUAAGCAAGGAAUCCGUGAAGUCAUUUUGUGUAAGGAUCAAGAUGGAAAAAUUGGGCUCCGGCUUAAAUCAAUAGAUAAUGGUAUAUUUGUUCAGUUAGUUCAGGCUAAUUCUCCAGCUUCAUUGGUUGGUCUGAGAUUUGGGGACCAAGUGCUCCAGAUCAAUGGUGAGAACUGUGCGGGUUGGAGCUCGGACAAAGCACAUAAGGUGCUUAAACAGGCCUUUGGAGAGAAGAUCACGAUGACCAUUCGUGAUAGACCCUUUGAACGGACAGUUACUAUGCAUAAAGAUAGCAGCGGACAUGUUGGUUUUAUCUUUAAAAAUGGAAAAAUAACAUCCAUUGUAAAAGAUAGUUCUGCAGCCAGAAAUGGUCUUCUCACUGAACAUAACAUCUGUGAAGUCAACGGGCAGAAUGUCAUUGGAUUGAAAGACUCUCAAAUCGCAGACAUCCUGUCCACAUCUGGGACUGUCAUCACCAUUACAAUCAUGCCUGCUUUUAUCUUUGAACAUAUUAUUAAAAGGAUGGCUCCAAGCAUUAUGAAAAGCUUGAUGGAUCACACCAUUCCUGAGGUUUAAAAGUCAAACAGCAUAAUUGUAGUUGAACUUCAGCUUCCUUCUUCAGCAACUCCUGCAUUAUGCACACGAAGCUUUCCAGAGCCAGGGAGCAUAUGCUGCAUGGGGACCUGUCUGUAUACCAUGGCUGGAGUCUUCCUGUUUCACCUGGUAUCUUCAGAUUUCAACAUAGUUGUAGCCUUAUCCUGACUUUAUGGAUGUGAAACUUUCAAGAGAUUUACUGACUCCUAGAACAGUUUCUCUACUGGAAACCUGACACUUUUCUUUCAUAAGCCAUUGUGAUUAGGAUGACUGAUGCAAGCUUAGCCUUGUGUGAGAGACCAAUCACCUUUCUCCUAGGUGAUGCGUAGUACUGUUCCUAUUACUUUAGUUGUGUUUAUUUGCAUUUCAACACAUUACCCAUAGUACACUUAGGAUGACUGCAGUUCUGGGUGUGUGUAAACUACCAAUUAAGUUUCUGAUUUCAUUCUAUGUAAGCAUUAUACAGUGUAUGUAGUAUGCAAGGGAUUGUAAGGAUUGUUAUUAAAUUUUAACUACCUUCACUUAACCAAUAUGCUUCAACUGUCGCCUUAACUAUGUUAAGCAUUUAGAAUUAAAAAGCCAAAUGGUUAUUGCUGCCUUUCUAAAACACAGAAUGUUAGUUCUAUGUUAAACUGAAAUGUCCAGAACAAUUGAAUGGUACUUACUGAGCUAUAACAUAGCUGCUUAGCUGUAUUUUGAGAUUUUGUAGUCACUGCAUAAUGGAAACUUCUUGUAAAAGUUGCCACUAUCACUUUCUGAACAAAUCACUAUAUAUUUAAUGCAGAACUUCUUAUACUAAAUAGGAUAAACCCUAAGCUCCUUUUUUUCAUUUGUAGAUUGAGUGGGGUAAUUCAUUAUGUAACUUAGCUACUUUGCAAUGGUUUUGCAAUGGUAUCCUAGUAUUUGUUCCAGUUUCCACCCUCCAAACAAAACAUUGCAAUAACUCUCCUGAUUAUUUUUCUUUUGAUUUAUGUCUAUCCUGAUUUAAUUAAAUGUAUAUAAAUAAAGUUACAUUUUA